CUUUGCCCGGUUUCUGAAAGGCAACACGCACUCAACAAAACUUUUUUUUAAAUCGAGCUAGCUACGACAUCAAUCUCCCCCACACGAAGACAGCUAUCACAAUGACUUCGACGAACAUGUUUUCAGGACUCGAUAAUGGCGCAAAGCCAAGUUCAAGAGUCCUGCGUCCCCCGGGAGGUGGCUCCAGCGACCUGUUCGGUGGCUAUGAGGAAGAAGCAGCUGCGUCGAGACGGCCCCACAAGAUGGCCUCCAACCUUUUCGCCCCGCCAGAGCCCCAGGGUGUCAUCAGACGAACCAACCCCCCAGGAGGUAAAAGCAGUGGGAUAUUUGGUUCUCCAGAUGCCCCAGCUGAGCAACGGCGACCCGUACCCUCAGGCGGCAACACCAGCAACAUAUUCGGGGGGUUAGAGCGCGCCCCUCCCUCGGUCAAAGCCCAUUCCAACAAGCCAAAGGACAACAUUUCUGUGGGUGAAAGUCCCAUGCCCAUACCCGAGCCCCCAGCUCCUCUGCCAAAGGAGAGCCUGGCCAAGGAGGUGAAGGAAGAGAACGUUGCCUCCCCUCCCCCCACACCCACCAAAGUAGCAGUGGAGCCUGCAUCUGCUCCCUCGGCCAAGAAGCCAGAGCCAGAGGCCUCCCUUAGUGAGCUCUCACUGAAGGACCACGAGCCCCACCUCGGCCCCCGCCCCCGCUCCCACAACAAGGUCCUUAACCCCCCAGGAGGGAAGUCUAGUGUGGUCUUCUACUGAACCAGCUCCUCCAUCCCAUCUCUAUUCAUGUAUGCAUCCCAAAAGGCACUCUAUUCCCUAUAUAAAUAAGUAACCCUUGUCCGAGCCAGAACGGAUCUCUUGUUUCCGUAGCGUGAGGCUGCUUAAUGUACAAGUACAUCCCCUGGACAGGACGCUAGUUUAUGGGCCCUGGUCAAAAUUUGUGGACUGUAUAGGAACAGGGUGCCAUUUGGGGCACAACCUAUGCCCACUAUUAUUCUCUGUUCUGUUAAUUUUCCCUAUUCACUCUGUCCUUCCCUCACUGUUAAUUUUAUUUUCUGUGGCUAUCAAGCUGGAAGAAAAUUCUCAACAAUCAUUUUUACAGGCUAAAUUCCUGUCCAAUCAUUCAAAAUGGUUACAUUUCCGUUUCAUUGCAAGGGUUCUAUUUCUUGCUGUAAGUGUUUUUUUUAUUACAUGGUUUUGAAUGUUGUGUUGAUUACAAAGGCAGGGUGAGUUCAUUUAGUCAGUUAUACCAAAAACAAUCACUGGCAUCAAGGUUCCAGAUGGAAAUUCUAAAUUCCAUUUAGAAUUCAGUGUAUGACUCAGCAGUGUAUUUGUGUUGGCAUUGAGACCUCUGUUUGUUGCCCAUGCACACGGUUGUCAUAGUAAGCCCUUAAGUGAUCACAAUCACUCUUUACUGUCACUUUGUUGACAAUAACACGUAUCCCCUUUAUCAUGUUCAUUCUGUCCUCCAUUUCAUCCCACUCCUUUUCUCUCGCUCCUCUAAUAAUCAAACCUAUCUUGAGUCUCUGUCUGGAGCCAGAAGCAAACUUGUUCAGGGAGAAAAAAGCAAAAAAUCGACUAACUAGUCAGUGCAAAGCGCUACAGGCAGUACCCAUUAUGUAUUGCCCACCCCCAAAAGUUCUUGUUCUUCGGAAUAAAUUCCAUUAUGAUUUUAUAUAUCGCCCAUGCAAAUGGCCGAAUGUAUUGUAUGUUGUGGUUGUUUCCUGCUCUGUUACCAUUGCUUGCUGUUAUCAGAGGAUGGUGUCCACUCGGAGGCCUGUAUGUUUUAAAUUAAAACGGCUGCUGUACACAUGUGAACUUUGGAAUAGUACAUGACCGGGCAAAAUACGGGUGGGGACUUGAAAACCCUAAGUCACCCCUAGCCACCCACACACCGUACCACGUUCCAGGCUGCCUACGUAGCAGUUGCGCACCAAAUCUUACAACACAUGGAUAAGCGAUUUAAUGUCAGUAACCAGUAUGACUAGUUUCUCGUCAACGUAUACACCUUUUAAUUAGGACUUUGGUUCAGCAUAUAUUAAGAGGGUGUUUGCUUCUGGCAUAGCCCGGAUAACAGAUUCAACUGAUUUUCAUGCGAAUAAUUCCAAAUCUGCAUAAAAACAAUAUUUGGUUUUUCCCACGAUGUUUCUAUCAAAUUGACUUGUGGAUAAAAGAUUGUGUGAUGUCAUACUGCACAUAAACAUUUAUUUUGCUAUUAAAUUCCCAUGUACUGAAUAAAAAAUAAGUUAAAUGGGACCUACUUUACUCGCAUAAAGGUUGGAUGGAAACCUGGUUAAUAACUGCAUCAACCGACUGUAGAUGGCGCGGUAUUAAAUCGAUCAUUGGUUUGUGUAGUGGGGCCGGUUUGCAGGCAGUCUGGAACGCAAAAGGUCUCCUGGUGCCACCUUAACCCCUGAGUGUUGGAGUGCCUGGCAGGCAAAGUUCACAGCAGAGGAAAAGCAAAAAGAACCUGUGUAUUGCAAUAAAACUUAUUUUCUGACUGAUGUCUUGUCUAUUUUGCUGUUUUCAGGGCUUAGGUAUUGGCUGUGUCAAUAUAUUGAUUAAAUCAUGGAAUCGUGAAUCAUCACAAUUUGCAAUUUCAGCAUAGUGUUAGUGCACACUAGCAAAGGUUUUGCAGCGAAAAACUAGUUAUUGGAUAAGUUCAGAUAGUCCCUCCCCAUGUUUCUUACUGGUGUUUAGUGAAUACAACCCAGACGAAUACGUUGGGAUGGUUCAUCUGUUAGCUUUUUGAAAUAGGAUAUUGGCCGCACCCCUUAUAUUGUAGGCGUUGUCAAUACUCUGAAUGCAAGAAAUGUCAUGAUUUGAAAUUCCAUUCACUUAUUCUUUACAGUUAUGUUCAAUCAACCUUUAACAACUAUAAAAUUAAAGUGCUUUAUCAAUUUA